UGUUGCUGGGAGCCGGGCCGGGGACCCGCGCGGCGGCCGGGAGCGCGCUCCGGGGCGAAGGGACCGAGCGCGGCCGCUGAGACGCCCUCUCGGGACCCCAGCGGCCUCGCGCGCGGCCCUCGCCGACCCGCGGAGCCGGAACCUCGCGGCAGCUCUCCUUUCCGGGUUGGCGACCGGCCAGGGCCGGGCCGGCGAGCGGGCUGGGGGCCGGUGACCCGGAGCAGCCCCGGGCCGGAGCCGCUGCGGCGGGGGCGGCGCGGAGCCGGCUCGGCCACCUGUGCGCGCCGCGGGCCACCUGUGCGCGCCUCCUCCUCCGUCUCGGCGUGGCUGGCGACACCGAUGGUGGCGUCCCCUGGCGCCAUGAAGCCCAACUUUUCUCUGCGACUGAGAGUCUUCAACCUCAACUGCUGGGACAUUCCCUACUUGAGCAAGCACCGGGCCGACCGCAUUAAGCGUCUGGGAGACUUUCUGAACAUGGAGAGCUUCGACCUGGCCCUUUUGGAGGAGGUGUGGAGUGAGCAGGACUUCCAGGGCCUGAGGCAGAAGCUGGCUGUGCCCUACCCAGCUGCACACUACUUCAGGAGCGGAAUCAUUGGCAGUGGGCUGUGUGUCUUCUCCAAGCACCCAAUCCAGGAAAUCAGCCAGCACGUCUACACCCUCAAUGGAUACCCCUACAUGAUCCAUCACAGUGACUGGUUCUGUGGGAAGGCUGUCGGGCUGCUGGUGCUCCAUCUCAGUGGACUGGUGCUGAAUGUCUAUGUGACCCAUCUGCAUGCCGAAUACAGUCGACAGAAGGACGUCUACCUAACACAUCGUGUGGCCCAAGCUUGGGAACUGGCCCAGUUCAUCCACCACACAUCAAAGAAGGCAGAUGUGGUUCUGUUGUGUGGUGACCUCAACAUGCACCCGAAAGACCUGGGCUGCCGCCUGCUGAAGGAGUACACGGGCCUGCUCGAUGCCUAUCUCAAGGCCCAAGACUUCCAGGGUCCUGAAGACGGCUACACCAUGGUAAAGCAGAACUGCUAUGUCAGGCAGCAAGACCUGAGCCCAUUUCCCUUUGGCAUCCGGAUUGAUUAUGUGCUUUACAAGGCGGUUCCUGGGCUCUACAUCUCCUGUAAGACUCUCAAGACCACUACUGGCCAUCACCCCCACCAUGGCACCCCGCUAUCGGAUCAUGAGGCCCUCAUGGCAACUCUGUGUGUGAGACAUGGCCCCCCUCAGCAGAGCCCCAGCCCUCCUCACGGCCCAGUGGAGAAGUCGUUGCUGACCAGAGUGCUGAGAGAAGCCCGGAUGGAGCUGGGCCUGGGUAUCGCCCGAGCUCGCUGGUGGACCACCUUUGCUGGCUAUGCGACUGGCCUGGGGCUGCUUGCCCUGGUGUUACUGUGUGUGCUAGCUGUAGGGGAAGGGCCCAGUGAAGUAGCCAUGCUGCUCUGGAGCCCCAGUGUAGGACUGGCGCUAGGGGCAGGUGCAGUCUUCCUCUUCCACAUGCACGAAACCAAAGGCUUAUGUAGCAUCCAGGCUGAGCUCCAGCAUGCCCUGGAAAAGGCCAAGGAGACCCAGGACCUGGGCCCAGAGCCCCAGUUAGCCCCACUCCCGGGACAGCAGGAGGGGGACAGAGACGAGGAACAAUAAAACUUGACACUUCA